AUGCCAGAUUAUCAAACUUAUGGGAUAGAAUGGUGCGAGGAAGAAAAAUAUCCUGUGGAGCGGAGCGUAUUGAUGGUAAGCAGGAAGACCAAAAUAGAUACCGCAAGGAUAUAUAAGUGUUUAUGUGGUGCUCUUCCAGUCGAAAAAAUAGAAAGAAGAGAAGAAGUUGAUGUUCAUGGUUGGCAGAAGACAAUUGUGCUGGCGAAGUUAUCAGUGCCGGUCGCUGAUUUGAAUGUCUCCGCCAAAAUACUUGUAGCCGACGAUGAAGAAGAUGUUGAAUUAAAGACAAUCAUUCUAAAGAAGACGCCUACGCCUAAGCCAGUCACACCUAAACCAGCAGAAACAGAAAGAUGCAUACCACGUCUGGAGGGCCCAAGAAAAGCUUUGAUAGAGGAGUCUGAUGUUCCUCAGUCAGAGAAAAAGAGGAGGAUACGGGAAGCUCUGAGGUCACCUGCGUUAGACGUGAUCGAUGAUCUCAAGAGGGAAAAACCAUCAGCAACUGCCAACGACUACUUAGAAGCAUUAGAGGUAGUCUUUGGCACAACACUCUCAGGUGAAGAACUAUUUCACCAGUUUAUUGGUUUAGAUCAGCAGUCAGGUGAAAAACCAUCGGAAUAUCUUUCAAGACUGCAGACAUCUUUACGGCAAGUUGUGCGAAAGGGAGGUGUCAAAGCCGAAAGCGCCAACCAGGCUCUUUUAAAACAAUUCCUGAAAGGCACAUUAUUCGACCAACUCCUUCUUGUCGAUCUUCACCUGCGAGAUCAGAUAAGUAACCUACCAACCUACUUGACGUUAUUAGGCAAAGUGCGCCGAUGGGAGGAGGAAUCCUCUGGAAAAAAUAAGAAGGCAAAGGCCAUUGGAGCCCGAAAUGCGCAUGUGGCCAAGAUAGAAGCUGCAAAAGAGGAGGGAAUCGCAGAGAGGCUAAGCCGGCUGGAAAAAAUAUUGUUGAAAUCCCCAAUGGUACACAGUUACCAACAAUCAGCACCACAACAUCAAAAUAGGUCUACUCGAUCGUACUUUUGUUACAAGUGCGGGGAAGAAGGACACAUGAGAAGAGGCUGCCGUAAUGCGCCGAAUCCGGAGUUGGUAAACCAGAAACUUAUAGCAAUGAACCAGCAGGGAAACGACCGAAGGCACCUGAGGAGGAGCAAUCAGAUGCCAGAAGACAGCCAUUAGCUCCGACUUCUUGUGAUAUU